AUGUCGAGUCCACAUCAUCAAGAACGCGGAGGGCGCGGCCGCGGCGGCGGGCGGUUCCCCGGACGCGGUCGAGACGGCGGGCGCGGCGGCGGGCGCGGCCGCGGCCGCGGCCCGUCCGACUUUGGCGGUUUAUGGGACCCGACGGUGAAGUGGGUGUUCGACGACGCGUCGUCGGGCGGCGGCGACGGCGGCGGAGGCGGCGCGAGAGAGGCGGGGAUCAACAAGAAGCGCGCGAGGGACUACCACGCCCAAGGCCGAGCCGGGCAGCGCGCGCCCACGAAGGAAGCGUCCGCCGCGCUCGCCGCGCUCGAGAUGCGGCGGUUCAAGCUCGUGAAGCGGCUCCGACACCAAUUCUCGCUGACGUGCGCGGGGCUGAAAAUACCCCCGCCGCUGCUCGCGUUCGAGCGGUGGCUCGCGCGCGCGAUGCUCCAGGGCGGCGACGCGAUCCCGACGCCGAUGCUCCCAGCGAUCGACGCCGGGCGCGGGCUGGGACGCGACCUGCACCGAGCGGGCGUCGAGGAUCUAGCCGCCGCGGACGCCGCCGCGAGCGACCUCGCCGACGCGUCCGCCGCGCUCGCGGCGAAGCUGUCGGAGCCCCCCGACGCCGACGCCGCCGACGACGCGCCGCGCGACGCGGACGCGGUCGUGACCGUGGACGACGCCGGCCCGCUCCUCGCGCUCAAGGUGAACGCGCAGAAGCCGUACAUGCAGGUCUCGAAGCAGCACAUGGGGAAGCUGAGGGCGUUGUACUCCCGACACUCGUUGGGCGGCGCGCCGCUGCCGCCGGAGGGGAGCUCGGAGCACGCCGCGUUCGCGGCGUCCGUGUUCGCGCUCCUCGCGCGCUACGACGCGUGCGGCGGCGCCGGGUAUCAGGCUGCGCUCGGGGAGAAGGCGUUCGACGUCUUGAAGAAGCGCGUCGGCGUCGGAUGCGAGGCGUUCGCGUCGCCGCUGAACGCGCGGUACGGCCGGUUUUGCAGCGCGUUUCCAGACGUGGACGGCCCGUUCGGAUCCCUCGGGUCGUUUUUCGACUUCGCGCCCACGCGAGGGUCGUUCGAGAUGAACCCGCCGUUCGUCCCGGAGGUGCUCCUCGCCGCGGCGGAGCGCGCGGAGAAGUUACUUCGAACCGCUGAGGAGAGCGACUCGAGACUGUCGUUCGUCGUCGUCGUCCCCGCGUGGAGAGACGUCCCGAUGUGGACCGCGCUCGAGAAGAGCGCGUUUAAGCGGGGCGACGCGUUGAUCGUCCCCGCGAGCGCGCACGGGUACUGCGACGGCGCGCAGCAGAUUCGGUCCCCGAGCGAGCGGCACAGGGUGAGCUCGUACGACACCGGGGUGUUUUUCUUGCAGACAACCGCGGGCGCGCGGCGGUGGCCGGUCACGGAGGAGAUUCGAGCGGAGUUGUUGGAGGGGAUGAAAGCCGCGGUGGGGUCCGCGGCGACGACGGGGGAUUUGGAAAAGCGGUGGCGCGGGGACAAGGGAGGCGGGCGGGACGAGGGCGGGAAGCAGAAGCGGUUUGUCGAGAAGCAGAAGCGCGAGAAGAGCGAACAGCGGGAUAGAGAACGCGGCGAGGAGGACGGCGGCGGCGGCGAGAAGCGCAAGGACGGGGAGAAGCGCAAGAGGCGGCGGCGGAAGCGCGAGACCGAGUGA